CGUACAGAUGUUUGGACAGCAGCCCGACAAUCACACCGUAGAGGUAGAAAAAUCCAGCCGUCAGCACGACCACAAAGGGCACCAGGAGGAUGGUGGUGGUCCAUACAGGGUCCAUCUCUUGGAGAUGCACAAUGAGGGACGUCUGCAGCGACUGAGAAAGAGUCUCACCACAUCCUGACAUGAGGAAAAAGACUUUAUUGAAGGCAACAAUGAGGAAAAACUAUCCAGACAGCAGAUGGCAGCAUUCAAGGCUACAGGAGUCCUACGAGAACGAGCUGGUCCACCUCAUGUCGGCCAGUCACUUCACUGUGGUUCAAAGCCAACACCGACUACGUGGACUUCUGCUGGAGCACACGGAGGCCUUCAAACCGGACCAACAAGUUCACCAACUCCCGACUCGUGGAUCUGAGGACGCCGCCAAGUCUCGGCCCAGCCGGCUGCCUGUCUGUAGGUGUUUGAGUGCUGAGAGGGUUGACCGGAUGCACGGUGUUCGUCGACUCUGCGGACGUUUCGCAGCUUUUUGCGGCACUGCCACAGCGGACAGUCUCCUCAUCUUUCCACCGCAGUCAAAUCCGAGUCGCUGUCUUUUCAUUCGGCAGCGAUAUCAUGUCGGAUUUCGAGGAGUUUGAGAAGCAGCUGAGCGAGAAUCGACAAGAGCGAGAAAGAGAAAGGCACAAAAAGAGGAGUCGCAGUGGAUCUCCCGGCCGAGGCGACAAACAUCGAAGCUGGAGCAAAGACCGAGGGAGUCGCAGCCGUGAGAAACGAAGUCGGAGCCGAGACCGAAAGAGCCGAGACCGUCGGAGCUCCUCACGGGACCACAAGAAGCACAGCCACUCGCCGAGGCGGACAAGAAAGAAAAGGACCUGCAAGUACUGGGAUGUGCCUCCUCCUGGCUUUGAACACAUCACACCAAUGCAAUAUAAAGCUAUGCAAGCGGCCGGUCAGAUACCAACAAUAGCUCUGCUGGCGACGUCCACAACCACCGGAGUGGCUGCAGCACCGACACAAGUGCCCAUCGUUGGCAGUCAGAUGACCAGACAAGCCAGGCGCCUCUACGUUGGAAACAUCCCCUUUGGAGUAACAGAGGAGUCAAUGGCGGAGUUCUUUAACGCUCAGAUGCGUCUCGCGGGCCUCUCACAAGCCCCGAGCAACCCCGUCCUCGCUGUGCAGAUUAAUCAGGAUAAGAACUUUGCUUUCCUAGAGUUUCGAUCUGUAGAUGAGACGACACAGGCCAUGGCCUUCGAUGGAAUCAUUUUCCAGGGUCAGUCGCUGAAGAUCAGACGACCUCACGACUACCGGCCUUUACCUGGCAUCUCGGAGCAGCCUGCUUUCCACGUCCCAGGUGUCGUCUCCACCGUCGUUCCCGAUUCCCCCCAUAAACUGUUUAUAGGAGGCCUGCCCAACUACCUUAAUGACGACCAGGUUAAGGAGCUCCUGACGUCGUUCGGGCCGCUCAAAGCGUUCAACCUAGUGAAGGACAGUGCCACGUCACUGUCAAAAGGUUACGCCUUUUGUGAAUAUGUGGACGUCAGCGCCACUGAUCAGGCAGUAGCCGGCCUCAAUGGGAUGCAGCUAGGUGACAAAAAGCUGAUCGUCCAGAGGGCGAGCGUGGGAGCCAAAAACGCCAAUCCUACCUCCAUCAUAGAGACCCCGGUGACGCUACAGGUGCCUGGGCUGCAGAGGCUGCAGAACUCUGGCAUGCCCACGGAGGUGCUGUGCCUUCUUAACAUGGUAAUGCCAGAGGAGCUGGUGGACGAUGAGGACUACGAGGAGAUCCUAGAGGACAUCCGCGAGGAGUGCUGCAAGUACGGCAGCGUCCGUUCCAUCGAGAUCCCCCGGCCCGUCGAUGGCGUGGAAGUCCCCGGCUGUGGAAAGAUCUUUGUGGAGUAUGUUUCUGCCGCAGACUGUCAGAAAGCCAUGCAAGCCCUCACCGGCCGCAAGUUUGCCAACAGAGUGGUGGUCACCAAAUACUAUGAUCCGGACAUGUAUCACAGACACGAGUUUUGAAAGCACAGACGAAUCCCUCCUCCUCCUUCUUUCUGUUUGUCCGCUGGGGUUUACUCAGUUUCUUUCCUCCUCUGAAUGUUGUGAACGUGUCCUUUAGAGACUAGACCUGGAAAAAGUUUUAUUCCAUCGUCUUCUUAACAAACUGGAUUGCAGUGUGUGUCUCUGAAUAACUCCCAGCUUUUGCCUAAUAUCCACACCGUGAACUGAACUUAAAAAAAAAAAAAUACUGUAGUAUACAUUACAUUUGCAAUAGAAUGAAUGUGACAUGUAUCUUACCUAAACUAAUACUGCCUGACAAUGCCAGAGUAGCUGUCUAUCGAGAAUGCACUAUAUGAGAAAAAACUACAGUCAUAUGUUUAGAUUUUCUUCCUGAGCACAAACACUUAUUUCUGUUUUAGAUCUAGAUUUGAAAAAGCCAUGGAUAUGUUUAUUGUGUGGCUAUGAGAGGAGAAAAAAGGUUUUAUUUAUUUAUUUAUUUUUCCAAAGUAAUAUUUCUUGCUAUAUGCGUCACAUAUUAAUGUUCUUUAAACAUAUACGAUGCUAUUUACCUGUACUGCUUACACAGACCAAAUGUUGACUUGUUUUGUGAAAAUGAGAGGACACAUUUGUCAGUAGAGCCUCAAAGGUUAUUUUGUAAAUACAAAACAUCAGUGUUUAAAGAAAAGAGAUCUAUAUGAUUGGAAAGAUGCACUAGAAGCUGUUUGAAUUAAAAAGAGGAUAAUAAUAAUGAUAUUAAUAAAUCCUGAAACGUCUUGGUUGAAAAAAAUCAACCAAAUAACAGGACCUUUGACCGUUUGUUAAGCCCCUCCCCCUAAGCGACGUUUGGCCAAUCGGCGCUUAACAAUUUCUUCCUCAGCAACUUUUGGCCAAUCACAGCAAGAGAAACUUCAGGGGGAUUAACCAAUCGUAGCUUGGCAGACGUUACAAGGCGCGAGUAGAACGUAGCACUUUUGUAUGUUGAUGUUAGCGUUUUUAGCUAGUAUAGUAUCUACAGUAGUAUCUAAAAGCUAUCUCCAAGGCUAAGAAAUACGUCAUUUAUGCUAACUGCAUUAUCUUUCGCGGUUCAAGGUAGGAAAAACAACUUAAUCACUCUUGACUAAAGAGUGAGGCCUUCUGUAUGGUUAUUAAUUUAUCAUACAGAAGUUGACUGUGAAUGCUAAGUUUAAGCUAAUGUUUGCCACGCUGCUAUUAUGUUGACGCUUCCUCUCUUGAAGUUCUCAUUACUUACCUCAUUUUGUCAGCCCUUCCCAGUUAGAUAUAAACUAAAAUACUGGGAAUAUCAUUAAUGAAUCAUUACUAAUACCCUGGACCCGAGUAAGUUGCAGAAAAUCAAUGAUAAAGUAAUUGAAACUGUGACUUUGGGGGACUUUACAUCCAGUCAGAGACCUGGAGCUGUAGAGAUUUUACAGCUCGUGUUUAUGCUGAAAUCAGAUAUAAAAGCAUUUUUAACAACACUACUGCUUACAGAGGGUAUGAAAGGUUAUUUUCAAAUUAAUGCUUUUUAUCUUCUGUUUUCUGAGUCAUGAAGGAUGAGAGAGUGCUGAUUGAAAUGUCUGACAGCUGUAGCUUUAAUCUUUCAGCACAAUAUGUGCAUAUUCAAGACCUCCUUUUAAAAUUGUUCUUUCAAAACAAAUCAGCUGGAAACACUUUAAAAAUAAGGGCGAUUAAUUAAUGAAACAGCACUUUGAUACAAUGCAGUUAGCAAAUUGCAAAGGCUGCAAGUUAAGAUAAGUAUUAGUCAGUAUUUCAGACCAAAGGUUUAAGUUGUCUUCCUUGUGUGGUGGUCACGUUUCUGGUGGUUUAUCAUGUGGAAAUGCUCCAUCACAUUAUCUGUAUAUUAAAGACCGAUUGUUGAACUGAAGCUUGACUUUUAAAUGUUAUUGUAUAUCUCUAUGAAUAUUACAAUUGGAUGUUUAUCAGAAGGUCCUUUUGUCUUUCUCUGACAUUCAGUAACUUAAUUUCACAAAUUAUUUGAAUCCUGAUGGUAAAUUUGCAGUCAUUACAGCAAAACUAACUCAGUUAUGGGGGCUUAAUAAAUGGUCAGUGGUGUCUAUCUCACUAGCAGUACUCUAUAAUUUGUGAUCAAAGUCUGAAUAACUAAACCAAACCUGUCUUCAUGGUCUCACUUAUACAAUAACGCGGACAUGCACAGGUUGUGAGAAGCAGCUUUAGGUUUUAUAGAUAGCAUAUGGAUGAAUUCAUUUUUAAAAGUUUCAUUCUUUGUGUGCCGUUUUGCAUUUGUUGAAGAAAAUGUCUAAAAUCAAAGCAUUAAUUUAUCAUGAAAUAUCUCGAAUCUGCUUACAAAGUGCAGGCACAAAUAUGGUAUUUGAACAAAUACAUCAGAAAUUGGAAUGAACGCCGAGUUUGCACACACAGUGAACUAUCUGUUCUGUUUCAAAGGAAGCAAAUUGUAUUUUGGUGUAAUAAGCAGAACAUAUCGUCCUGUGAUAAACAACUACUGUAUUUUAUACAUUUUUGGAUGGCCAAAACUUUCAAAACAUUUUUAGUUUGUAUAAUCCCUGCCACUGCCAUUGCCUUGAAUAAAUGCUUGCAUCACU